AUGGAAAUUCGUCUAUGGGAAAUAAAGAGAGAAUAAGAAAUGAAUUCCUGUGAUAAAAUUUACAAUAAUAUGUUCAUAAAUAUUAGGACUGCACUACAAUAAAUUACCCCUUAUUCAGAAGGUAGUAUGAUUUUUUCUAUAUUUUUAGUCUCUAAUUAUAUAACUACAGUCCUUAUAUCCUAAAAGUCAAUAUUUUAAUCUAAAGGAGCUUUAAUACUGAAUGGAGAGUUUAUAAAUCAGUCAGGCAUUGAUUUAAAAACAUUAUUUCAAAAAAAAGGAAGUUAUUUUUUGGAAAGCUUAUCUAAAAAUUUAAUUUGA